AUGGCACCCCGACGAAUCUGGGUCAAACGACCCGAUGCGUCUGCCACUUUAGUGUCAAUGCCGGAAGAUAGCGUUGUCGACGAGCUACGAGACCAUGUUUUGCGCAAAUAUUUGAAUUCCCUCGGAAGGACGUUCGACUCGCCGGAUUUGAUGGUGCGGAUAAUACCUCGAGCAACUCCGAAAGGAGCAGUUGUACCGGAUCGGUUCUUGAGCCCGGAGGAGUCUCUGUUUGCUUUGAUUGAUCAGCAUUAUCCCGGAGGCCAAACCGUUGAAGAGGCUCUCAUCAUUGAGGCUCCCACUCGCCGAACACCCAUCAAGCCGUCACCUCGCCAGUCGUAUUACUAUCAUGCAGAGCCGGGUGAACAUGGCGAAUACUUUCCUCUGAUGCCGGUUCCAAUCAAUGUCGCAACACCACCCGGUCAUCCAGCAAGUUCUAGCAACAGCAGUGCGGGUGCAGCCCAUCAAGCMCCUGCCAUGUCUGUCCUUACGACGGGCAAAGUACCUCCACUUCCAUCACCAGGGAGCCGUCCCAGUCGACACCCACGAAGACCGCCAUUCGCUCGACACACAACAGCUUCGCCGACACUUGUAGCAUCGUCAUCAAUGCCUAAAGACCCGACUCUUGCUGUCAAUGGUCCAGUAGGUUCGUCACAACAAUCCUUGCCCACACCACCAGCGCCAGCCCCUCCAUCAGAAUCGCCGACACAUGCUGCGCUGAACCCAGUAGCGAGAACAGCAUCCCCUCGUCCGGCACGUAGAGCAAAGAAGAUUGCGUCUCCAAAUACAGGGGCUUUUGGAGGAUUGAUCGAGGGCACGGUUCCUCCAAUUAACGUACUUAUUGUCGAAGACAAUGUUAUCAAUCAGAAACUUCUCGAGGCGUUUAUGAAACGUCUCAGUGUCCGGUGGCAGUGCGCUCAGAACGGUGAAGUGGCAGUGAAGAAGUGGCGACAGGGGGGGUUUCACUUGGUUUUGAUGGAUAUUCAGCUUCCUGUGAUGAAUGGAUUAGAUGCUACAAAAGAAAUUCGACGAUUGGAACGGUUGAAUGGGAUUGGCGUUUUUUCCAAAACGGCAUCUGGCCGUUCAAGUGCAACGCCUUCGUCUUCUGUACCGGCUGACUCCCCAUUAAAAGAGGAGGAUACUUUACAAGACUUGUCGCUAUUCAAGAGUCCUGUGAUUAUAGUGGCAUUGACAGCUAGUAGUUUGCAAAGUGACAGACACGAAGCUUUGGCUGCUGGCUGCAACGAUUUCUUGACCAAGCCUAUUGGAUUUCCGUGGUUGGAACAAAAAGUCACUGAAUGGGGCUGCAUGCAAGCUCUGAUUGACUUUGAGGGUUGGCGCAAAUGGCGAGGAUACGAAGACUCGCCGCGAAGUAUUGGCGCUGCUCUGGAGGAGACGACGUCGACACACUCUCCAUCACGUCCACGAAACAACACUACCAUCCACGCCGUCAAAGUAUCUAAGGAUGAUUCUCCCAAGAAAGAUAACGCACAAAUUUCAAUCAUCGAACCUGAUACGUCGGAAAGCAGCAGCGGCAAAGACGAAGAUAUUGAGGUCCCGGUCCCUCAAGAAGUGGCACAUGAAAUGGCCCAUGAAAUAGCACAAGAACUCCAAACAGCAGAAUCAUCGACAAACGGCGUAUGA